AUGCAUCUACGAGCUCAUGAGGAGGAGCUCACUCCUACACUAGUGCUUGUGUGCGCCGCGUGCCGGCGCGCCUUCCGUGGACAGUCGGACGCUCAGGAGCUACCACAGGUCACGAGGAUCAACAUAAAACCGUUCCAAUGCCACAUUUGCCUCAAGCAGCUGACUCGGCGCUCGCGCUUACACAUGCAUUUGCGAGCUCAUGAGGAAGAGCUUACUCCUACCUUGGUGCUGGUGUGUGCCGCGUGCCGACGUGCCUUUCGCGGACAGUCGGACGCUCAGGAACAUGUUACGAAUUCCCCUGAGUGCAUGGAAGGGUUCGUCAAAGAGCUGAAGCAGGAAGCAGAUGAAGCGACCGCCCAACUUUCACCCACCAGUGGGCUUGUUAAAGUUAUAGAGUCCCCUCCGCCGCCGGCCGUGGUCCCGCGGCAGGUGUCAAACGCGCUAGCGGCGCCGCUACUCACUGGACUGACGGACGAAGCGCGAAGCGUCAUGCGUGUUGUGGAAAUUGAAAAGGCUUUCCGCUGUGAAUACUGCGAGGAGUGAGUAUUUGUAUUUAGGGUAGAGACUAUAGUGAAUUAUAAUCAUAAUCAUGAUCAUAAUCACUUUCUCAAUCAUCAUCAUCG